AUGGCGACUAAAGUUCUCCUGUUAAUCCUUGCCGGAGCCCUUGUUUGUGCCGCAAAUGCUAGUCCGGCCGCCGGCAGUGAAGGAUUGGAGAAGAAAGGUGUUGAUGAUGAUCAGAAAACUUUCUUCCACUACAAAUAUGGGUUUCCUCCCUACUUCGGCGGUGGAGGAGGAGGAUCUGGGUUCGGCGGAGGGCCGGGUUUUCUUGGCGGCGGCGGGUUUCCUACCCCAGACAUCGGCGGUGGUGGAUCGGGUUUUGAUCAACCCGGAUCCGGGGGUGGGUUCGGGUCUAGCUUCGGAGGAGGGUUUGGCGGUGGUUCCUCGGGUUUCGGUGCUGGACCUGGGUUUGGCCUUCCCGGUGGCGCAUCUGGCUACGACGCCGGAGGUGGAAGCGGAAUUGGGUCUGGCUAUGGAGGCUUUCCUGUUGGCUCAUCACCGUUUGGAUCGAUAGGUGGAGGUCCCGGAGGCCCAUUUGGGACUAGACUUGAUGCUGGCCUUGGCGGAGGCGGGUCAGCCGCCGCCGCCGGAGGGAGCGACGCCGGUAGUAGUGUGCCCCCUGCAGAAAUUAUCAGCAACGGCGCGUAG